AUGCCUCCUGUCAGUAAACGCCUGAGACACACCGUUGCUUUCAAUACGAGAAGAUCAAAAGAGAGUCUCGUUUCAAAAAGAUCUGAAGAUUAUUCUUAUGAACAACAAAAAGAAGAAUUCACGACUUUAUUUAAACUUGAUGAUCAAAUUGAUCAUAUUGAUUUCCAAAAUGAUUCAAUAAUUAAUGAUAUUUCUGAUCUGUUUUCUUAUUGUAACACACAAAUUAAUACUCGUUUUCUCAGUACUCUUGUCUAUAUGUCACUACGUCGUUUUGGCCACACACGUCGAGUUGUGGAUUCAUUUUUAACAACAAUUGGAGGAUUGACAGCUAAAACGUGUCAGAAAUGGACUAAUCUAUUAGUGCAUAAUGACUUUGAUGAUUUUAUAGAAGAUGGACGAGGAGGAAAACAAUGUGACAGUUUCUGGGAUUUGCACACAGAUUUAGAAAUGGAAGCUAAAGAUUUUGCUUUCCAAGAAUGUUCAAAAAAAGAAGCUACAUUUACAGCUGAAACACUUGCAAAAUUUAUUGAUGAGCGCUUUUACGACUUAAACAAUCUGAAAAAAGCUGAAGAUAAACUGAUCAGAUCGAUUGAAAGUUGCAGAUUAGAUUUGCGACGAUUUGGUUGCAAAUAUACAGAAAAUAAAGCAAGACCAUAUUUCUUAGGUCAUGAGAGAGAGGAUGUUGUUCAACACAGAGAACAAUUUGUCACAUAUUUUAUGGAACAUAAAGAUCACUUUUAUACAAUUACAGAGGGAGAACAACCUAAGUGGGUUAAACCAACGGGUCAUCCAAUUGUUCUAUUAUGUCACGAUGAAAGCACCUAUAAAUCCGGGGAAAUAUCUGCCAAACGUUGGAUAGUUGAAGAUAAUGCUCCGUUCUACAACAAAGGACGUGGGAGAAGUAUUAUGGCAUCUGAGUUUUUGGUAAUGCACGAUAGUGGACCAUUUUUUUCAUUGAAUGAUAAAGAAUUUAAACGGGCAUCAAAUAAAUAUCCCGAUUUAAAUAAUGAUUCAAAUAUCACUUAUGAAACACAAACUGCAUCAGCAACAAUGAACAUUGGUGGAAAUAACUACUUUGAUAAUGAAACAAUCCUAAAACAAUUUGAACGUCUAUUUCAGCUAUUAUAUUUUAAAGUAGCGUACAAAGAUCAUGAUUUUGUUUGUCUUGUUGACAACGCCCGUACACACACAGCAGCUGAAUACAGUGUUAAUGAUUUUGCUAUGAAGCCUGGUGGACGAUGUCCAGUUGAUGCAAUUGAAUAUGUUGAUGAUCAGAAUGUCAAAGUAACCAUUGAGUGUUAUGAUGAUGAUGGGGAGAGUAAAGGCCUAUUGAAAUUAGCAGAAGAAUUAAAUCUUCAUAUACCGCAAAAUUGUAAAUUACUUGAGUUAAAAGAGAUCGUGUCUGAACAUGCAGCUUUUAAAAAUGUGAGUGAAACUUGA